AUGGAUAAGCCAGACUGCAAAUACGGUGCCGACUGUUAUCAGAAAAAUCCGGCGCAUAAGGAAAAGUAUGCGCAUCCGCCUAAGCAAGAGGCGGCCGCGGUCGGAGAACAACCAACCACAUCCGAGGGACCACCGGCCGGAACUGCUACCGAAGAUGAGGAUGCUGGAAGUGGCUCCGCAAAACGGUUGUUCAACGAAGAGCAGCUCGACGAGGACCUGAAGCGCUGCAAACGUCCACCGACACCGGAAAAGGACGAUAACAAUGCGGAAGAAGCGGAAACUGGCCGACAAUACCACGGCAUGGGAAGGCAGCGCUACAAAUUGCCGGAAGUUCCGAUGGAUGUCGGCAUGAUGAGCGAUUUGUACGACCCUCAGAUUGAGUAUUCGAAGCGGGCCGAGUACAAAGAGCUGUGCGACGAUCCGAAAGAGUUUAUCAGGCACAAGUUUCUAGUCGUGAUGCCGCCGUGCUUCGACGCGCUGUGGGAGUUUUGUGGGGAGCAAGUGGCCGGACAGGCCAACGGCAAGCCGGAGGAUGUUUUCGACAAGAUUGGCCUUCGUCUGGUGGGCCCGUUUGAUGUGUUGGCGGGAAAGUUCAAAGAUGUGAAGAUUCACGAACCGGGCGACUAUCUGCGCCAUUGGCGAUUCUACUUCGAUCCUCCCGAGUUCCAGACGGUUCUGGUGAAGAAGGGUAGCGGCCUGCACUACGGCUACUGGCGUGAUGAGCCAGACAACACCGAUGGACUGGUGGCGUGUAACGACGUCGGCAAGGGAUGCGAGUUUAAAAUCAUUGGCCAGAACGUGUUCGAUGCCGUCAUCCAUUUCAUGAACGAAAAUGCCACCGUUACUCCGUUCAAUAAAGCGCCAAUGGAUAACCUAAAAAAGCGCAUCGUAGAGUGGACGACCGCGAAAGGCAUUCCGUUGAAGGGUGGUGACAAAAUAAAGGCUCGCGACAAACUGGUCGUGUGCAAAACGUUUCACAAGGCCGGGCUGGUCGUACCCUACGAUAGAAAAUGCGAAAUCGGCUAUCGCCCACUGCUGGAAAGUGACGCCAACCUGCGCAAGAUGCUCACGAAGUUCAACAACAUUGACCGGGCGAAGGAGAAGGCAAAAUUUCAAGACCUCAUGAUGGAACUGCAAGCGUUGAUAACGGCCGCCAACAUCGCGGUAGACGAGUGUGACUUUGGCACCGCACUGGAACUGGCGCUGGACCUUUUCUGCCACGGCACAACUAAUUUGCACGAAGUUAUGAAACCCCUGUUCUUCACCGGCUAUUCGAUGGUAAAACGUCCACAGUACAUCGCCAUCAUAAAGUCCCACCUCGAUAACCGGCGCCAGGGAUUAAAAUUAGAUUUACUGUCGAAAGAUGAUUAAAUAAUUAAUUAUAAUUAGGUGAUUUUCCGUUUCUGUAUUUGUCGCUUCUUGUGCGGACUAAAUUUAGUCGC